AUGGAAGUUACCGAUCUGUAUACAGAUUUGUGCGACGGAAAGCGCUUAAUGAAGCUGCUUGAAAUUAUAUCAAACGCCAAGCUUGGAAAGCCAAACAAAGGUGUUCUUCGUGUGCAGAAAAUCGAAAAUGUCGGAAGAGCGCUUGCGUUUAUCAAGUCGAAGGUUCAUCUGGAGAAUAUUGGAGCAGAAGACAUCGUAGACGGCAACCCUACCCUCAUUCUUGGCCUUGUUUGGACAAUUAUUCUGAGAUUUCAAAUCGAAGAAAUUAUGCUUCAAAUCGAAGCUGAGAAGGCGGGCCCUAAAAUGUCUGCAAAGGAAGCCCUUUUGCUCUGGUGCCAGCACAAAACCAAGGGGUAUGAGCACGUUGACGUGAAGGACUUCUCGACCUCCUGGAGGGAUGGAAUGGCAUUCGGUGCCCUUUUGCACAGCCACGAGCCGUCGACCAUCGACAUGUCGCAACUGAAGCCUGAGAAGCCCAUUGAAAAUCUCACCAUCGCGUUCAGGGUGGCGAAUGAGUGCUUUGAAAUCCCACAAAUGCUGGAUCCCCAGGACGUGAAUGUUCCCAAACCUGACGAAAGAUCGAUCAUGACGUACGUAUCUUCGAUGUAUCAAAUUUUAAACAAACGCAGAAACAAGAACAAAAAUGCUCAUCGUGUUGGAAAGACAAUCAACCAGGCUAUUCAACUAAGUAGCAAAAUCAACCAGUAUGAGGUCGGCGUCAGAAACUUACUACAGUGGAUUCGAAACAAGACAGCAUUCUUUCAGCAGUCAACCCAGCAUCUUCCACUCACUCUCGAAGAGGUCACCAAGUCCCUCUCCGACUUCAUUCAAUAUCGACGCGUGGAGAAGUCUGAAAAGUAUGAGGAGCGAACGCAGCUUGAGGCACUCCUGUUCACAAUCUCCCUGCUCGCGAAGGAACUGAGGGCCAAGCCAUACGUGGUGACUGACCCACAGCUCAAAUUGACUGCGAUCAGCAGCGCCUGGCAAAAUCUCGAAACAGCCGAACACGACUACGAGACGGCAGUUCGCGAUGCCUACCUCAGAUUGGAAAAGUUGGAGCGAUUGGUAAGGCGAUUUGAAAACAGAGCCAAGCUACGAGAAGAAUGGUUAGACGAAAUGGAAGGAUUAUCCGAACGCCUGCAAAAGCUUCCUGGAACACAGGCCGGCGCUGCUCGUAAGGCCGAGGCACUGCGAGUGGAUAUUGAGAGCAAAGAGAAGCGUUUCCGAGAUUUGGACAGUAUGGCCGCGGAAAUAGCCAAACAUACCUAUUACAAGCGUGGUGGUGAAAUACAGCAGCGGAACGCGGCCAUUCAGACACGUUGGGGUGCCUUGAGCGGACCGAAGAUGCGUGCUCUUCUGGCCCGACUCGCGUUUCCGCAAACGCGGGCUGAUCUUUUGGAGCAGCUGGAGGUCAUUACAAACAACAUCCAAGAACUAGAGAAACAACUAACACAGCCAACAAAAGGCGAACUAGACGCGAAGAGGAACAACGAAGACUCGAUCACAUUUGAAGUGUUUCAAGCUGCUCUGGAUCGUCAUCGCCUUGCCGAGGCGGAGUUUUUGCCUCUCGAAAGAAGGACUUUUCAGAUCCGGAAUGCCAUUGAGAAGUUGUGGGACAACGCGCCGCCAAUGCCGAACGCAGAUCAAGAAAAAGCAGGAGACCUUCAAAAGUGUCAGGCGUCCAUUGACCUCUGGAACAGGGUCGCCGACCAAAGUCGAAUCAGAAGGUCCAAGUUGGAGGCCAUCAGUUCCAGCUACGGUAUUUCUGCAAGCCUCAUCCAAGAAAUGAAAUGGGUGACAGGAAAGAUAGACUUUCUAGCCAGCACUGCAGCCCAGACAAAGGAUCCGAAAAAUGCUCGAGAUCUGCAGUUGGCUCAGAGACUGUGCAAAAAACAUCAGGCUUUGGAAAAUGAGGUUAUGGCCCACGAACCGAUUUGGGGUGACUUGAAACGGUCGACAGAGCAGUUUCUUAACUCGCGAUCAACAGCAGGCAGUCUCAAUGAGGACCAGUUGGGUGAUACGCGUGACAUUAUAAGGCGUCAGCUCGCCGGUGUCGUGUCGUCCUGGAACCACCUGAAACAGGAGAUGAAGAAUCGUCAAGAGGCCCUCAACGAGUGUCUGGAGUCUGCUCAGUUCUACGCCGAUGCUGACGAGGCCUCGCGGUGGAUCAACGAGAAAAUCCACCUCGUCAAGACUGCAGGAAUUCUCGCUCACUCACUUACCGAAGACCGCGAAUUGGACCAAGCAAUGAAAAUGUGUGGACCAGACUCUAGUUCCACAAUGGCCCAAAAAAAGCGUUUAAGCAAUCUGGAAACCGAAAUAGAAGCCUUUCAAUCAAAUGAUCUGCAACGGUUGAAGUACUUUUCUACAGUUCUGCGCAAGCCAAUGAACAACCGAGUUUUGAAGUCAGAGCUACUUGAUCAAGGGAAGGCUGAUGAAAGUUCGGAUAUCGACAGCGACAAUGAGUCCUCAUCAGAUGCAAGAAAAGGUGCCUCGACACUACCGAAGAUUACUGAGGGCCGUGCACAAGCCGUGGCGCGCUACACUGCUAGAGAUCCGGCCGGGAGAGAUAUUGACUUGGAGAAGGGCGAGAUUGUCGCGGUAAUUGCCUGCACCAACGCCGACUGGUGGCACAUACGAAGGAACGUGAGGAGCCAGCGUAACGAGGGUUAUGUGCCGUCAAACCACCUGAAACUCCUGGAGGCACCAGUUACCAGACGCACUAGUUCUACAAAGGACGCUCUGAAGGCGGUCAAACGGGAGGCCACGCGGGGCUUGAGCAUUCGCAGAGCACCGUCAGCUCGAACAAGCAAUCAGCUGCACUUUGACCGCGAGAACAUUCAGCGGUGCGAAAAGAAGGUGGAGGACGAAUUUUCUAAUCUUCUAAAAUGUGUUGAGUCUGACCAGCUUUUGCGAGAUGGUCGAAACAUGAAAAACCACGGCUCUAGCGGACUGCAUAUUGAGACAACUCUUGAAGAGAUAUCAAAGGGAGUUCCUCUGCUAGCGGAAGUCAACGAGCUAGCAGACAUGUUAACCGGUGUUAUAAAACCUUCCGAUCGCUUCAUGUACAAGCGAGCCAAUGGUGAGCUGUAUUACAAGAACCUAGCUAAAAGAAGAAUGGAGGACAUCCAAGCACAGUGGGAUGAUCUGAAUAAGCAGAAAACGGCAUUGGAAGCCAAGGUCGGGAGUUCUGGAAGCUUGGAACAGUUUGAGAAACAAGCAGAAACUCUGGAGAUACUGCUGUGUGACCGUAUUGCUCAACUUGAGGGCAUGUCAAUGACAUCUCCAAAUGCGGAUGCAAUCAACCAACUUUUACACCGAGUGAAAGCCCUGCUGGAUAAAAAGGAGGACGCCUACAGCCUCGCUGCGGCUCAUUCUUCCAUAAAGGGGAAAAUAGCUGAUUUGGAGGGGAAACUAAACGAUGCCGAGGAACAAAUCGGCACACUGGGUCCAAGGGGUGAGAUUUCCGCAAGUCAGUCGAUCUUUCAAUCCCUGCUUCCACCUGAUGUGCUGCGACAGCAGUUAAUAAAGGCGGAUGAUUUGGACGACGAUCUCAAUCUCUAUGACGUUGCCGCAUCGGAGUUGUGUGAUCAGGUUCGUGGGCUUCCGCAGAAUAGUCAAGAGAGAAGAAAACUCUGCGAUGCAGCCGAUGGCCUUGUGCUGCGAAACGAGGAACUAAAACGGGCCCUAGAAGGCAAAAAAGACAACCUGGACAGCGCCGUCAAAGCUCAGAACCUUGCUAAAGCCCUCGGUACAAUAGAAAGCAAUAUAAAGGAACUGGAUAUGCGCCUGCAAAUGACGGAGCCACUUGCAACCCAAACCGAUGUUGACAGAGAGAAGCGUCGGGUUGCUGGGUUGAAGAUCGAACUGAUGAAAAACUCGACGGCCAUUGGAGUUAAUGAGCAGCGAGUCAAUGAUGCCGGUCUGCCAAAAGACUAUGCCGACCCAUUGUUGGGUAAGUGCAAGGCACUUCGUGCUGCAGUCGGUGAGGUCAUGAAGAAGGCUAAUGACCGCGAAGCGGAGCUCCAGUUGGUCAUGGCCCAUGUCAACUUCCACGACGACGCGGGAGACCUUGACACGUGGCUGGACGAGAAGGAGGCAGCAGUGCAGGCUGUCCGGACGCCGACUGAUUCUGCGGUGGGUGGUAACAGUCCUAUGGAUAACCUACGACAGAUUCGAGGGUGGAUCAAGAAACUGGGCGCCAUCGAUUCAGAACUAACCGCAAACGAUAAGGCUAUCAACGACUUAAGGGAUCGGUCAAACCGUCUACCCGCAUGUUCGGACGCCAGAAAUUUCCCUGAACCGAAAAAGAGAGCUCAGGGAAUUGCCGACCGUCUCUCUGCGCUCCAUAAAUCCAUCGAUAAGAAGCUGAAUGAUCUGGCAAACCAGGAAUCCGCGGCUGAAUUUAGCAACGAUGCGGACCAACUCAUCAAGGCUACCGUGGUCGCUCCCCAGCAAGCUGCAAUUCCGGAGGAGGAUAUUGAUGAGGCGGCGAAAUCUUCGGUGCCUCGAAACCUUGCAGAAGCUCUCGGUGCUUUGAACGAUGCUCAGAGACGCAAGCAGAUGCUCCUAGCCGAUCUCGACAGGUUGAAGGACUUGGAGGACAGAGCGAAGGAGGCUGGCGCUUACACUCCUGAAUUGGCAGCCCAAUUGGAGAAAGAACGCGAUAGGCUGCGUAAACAGCUUCGAGAUUUGGAUGACGAAGUCAAGCGUGAUAAGGACUUGGUGGAUUGGUACAAAUCAGCCGAUGAGAUGAACGCUCUCAAGGACUGGGCCGACGACCAGACACAGCAGGUUGAGGGCGACUUGAAGAGGAAAAUCUCCAUUAGGCAACCACAAGCACAAGAUGCACAAAGAAGAAAUCAUGAGCGACUUCAAAAUGAGGUGAAAAGGCGGGACCCGAGGGUUCAGCAGCUUUUAGAUCCAAAACAGCGGCAGAUACCCGACUGUUUGGUCGGUGACCCGAUCGCAGAAAGUGUGCGCCCGAACCUUUCGCAAAGUUGGGCGGACCUCGGAAGAGCGCUUGGAAAGCAGUCGGCAAAGCUGGAUGCCGAGGCCUCCAAUCUGGGUCUCCUGGGCGAAAUGGCGGACCUCACCAACGCGAUCAACGCCAAAGCAGCCGACGUGGAUAAUUUGGUCGAUACCAAGUCAAGCCACACUCUUGAUUCUUCUAUCAAGAGACUCCUUGAUGCCGAGAAGAACUUAAAAGAAAUCGAGCCAAAAGUAGAUAAUCUGGAGCGUCGUGUGAACAAGGAAUUGUCCUCUACGAAUAUCCAGCCCAAUUUCGUGAAACCACUGAAGAACGGUAGGGAUGACAUGAAGGGAGCACUCGGCGACCUCAAGGACAAGGUGAAUUCGGCGAAGAGAAGCCUGUAUUUCCAAAAGCGUAUCCGUUCUUUCGACGAGCUGGCAGAGGACCAGCAACAGGACAUCACGCAGGCUCUCGCCUUCGUCAGUGCCAUUGAUAUUGGCGAUGACCCUGAACAGACUGAGAAACUCAAAUCACGCUGGCAGACUUUUCUGGCCGAUCUACCAAAGCUCGUGGAUCGUGUUGACGAUUGUUUGGCCGAGGGCAAUGCUCUCUCAAAUGACCUGGAGGUCCUACUGAAUCCCAAGUCGAGGGCACCACUAGCGACGCAGCACCGCACUCCCGACGGCACCGACGCUUCGUUUGGGCUCACCAUUACCCAGAUGGCGAUGCAGCCCCAAAUGACCUACCCACUGUGCAACGAGCAUUUUAACCAAAUGUGGGAAGACUUGAUGGAGCUAAUUAAGAGCCGAAGUGCACACCUGACCGCUCUUAACGCAGUGGUCCCAAAGAGCACCUCGACGCUGGAUGCACAGGUGAAGAAACACGAGGUUUUGGAGGUCGAGGUUGUUCAAAUGCAGCAGCAAGUCGAUGAUGUGAUGCGUGCUGGACAAGAGUUGCUGGCACACCUUCGAGGCUCCAAGCCCCAAGGAGAAAAACGGCGUUCCAAAACAGAGACCCAGGUGAUGGACCGCCUUGCGCGUCUUUCAGAAGCCUGGAAGGACAUUAACGUCAAAAUGGCGGAAAGACGGAAGCGGCUCAACGAUUGCAGUCGAUAUUUACAAUUCUGUGAAAAGGUUCGAGAUUUCCUUUUCUGGUGCGAUUCGGCGGAGCAUGAGAUAAGCACGAUCGAACCAAUAGCUAAAACAGCCACCGAAGUGUUUGUCACAGUUGGCCAAAAGCUGUCCGCAAGCCAAAUGAACGGAACCACUAAGGGACCCGAUUCCAUCGACUGCAGCCAGGCCGAACUUCUGCAGGCCAAUUAUUUACGAAUGUCCGAAGAACUACAACACCACUGGAAGCCGACGUCCAUGCAACUGGUGGCUGAGGCGGAAUCCAUGAUUGACGGGAACCACUACGCGGCUGGUGAUCUUAAGAACAAGGUGGAUCAAAUGGUGGUGGCCCAGCGUUCGGUAGAAGAUGGUUUGAAAAAUUACAAUAGAUGGGUUCUACAGCUCCUUGACUUACUUCUGUUAAGGCGUGAGAUUUCUAAAUUCAUUGGUCAGACGGCGGUCCAAAAAGCUCGAAUCGAAGCGAUAAUGCAGGAGUGCAGCAGUUAUCCCACCACUCCAAAAUCCUCCAGCUGCGACAGGCUUGUUUCAAGCUUCGAUGUCACAAGCAUGCAACGGAGAACUGAGAAUAUUGUCAAGUCUAUGCAAACGAACGAGGACAAGGUCGCAUCGUUGGUGUCAGCGGCUAAUUUAAUGAUUCAAAAGAAACAUUAUGCCUCCAAACAAAUCCAUGAGGUGAUCAGCAGAAUGCAGACUGCCAGGGCUUCAGUCAAGCAGAUGUGCGCCGACCAACUGGAGAGCCUCAACCGUCGCCUCAGCCAGGUAAUGUGGGAAGAAGACGCCGACGACGUAGAAGGAUGGCUCACGGAACGAGAAGGCGAACUGAAGAAUCUCAUGAAGACGCCGAAAACUGAAAAUAUGUGCGAAUUCAGUGGGAGAGAGAAGACUUACAAAGAGGGCGAGGUCGCAGUUAUAACCCAGCUUCAAAUCCUCCAACGCCGGAGCAAGUUUCAGACUUCGAUAUUAAGCCAUAAGGAGCACAUUGAGGAUUUACUGAACCGUGGAAGGAAACUGGCGGAAAUAAAUAGGAAAAUAAGUGGGAAAGACGUGAGUCCUGUUGGAAAACGAAUUGACGAUCGCUGCAACGAAAUUAACCAACGCUGGAAGAACCUUGUGGCCUCCAUGGCCUCCACAGCUGCCGUACUGGAGGCCUCUCGCGACAUUUUACGAUACCAAAGCGAGGCCGACGCAAUGGAACGAUGGCUGCGAGAAAAGGACAUUCUUUUAUCCAAAGGUGAUUUGGGAUGUGAUUACGACCACUGCAUAAUGCUGAAAGACAAAGUAAACGAACCGGCCGCAGGAAAAAUUGUUAACGAUGCCACAAUCCGCGAGUUCAAAACCCUUGCUAGUAAGAUUGCCCAUGCCCUACGAAAGCCCACAUCGGGAGCUCACGAUUCUGUUGUGGCUUUGAGCAAGCAAACUGCUGAUUAUGUGGAUGGACGCACGGCGGAUAUUUGCGACCGGUGGAAACGCGUUGAGGCGAACCUUGCAAAGUACUCCGACCAACUCUGUCAAGCCGCAAAAAUCCACGAGGUGAUCAACAAAAUCGAUGGUCUGCUCCUGCAAGUCAACGACCGCAAGGCCAAGGCUGCCAUGAGAGACGACCUCAACAAGCCUUUGAGUGUCUCUGAACUGGAGGCGCUCCUAAGGGCUACUGCGACUGCAGAACGGGAUUUGAGUGCCAUUAAAACGGAGACAAAUAAGCUCAAGGAGGGGGCAGGUCAGUUGAUAAAAUCCUUCUCGCGAACCACACCCAACCAGCAGACAGACGCGCUGAUACGGCAGAUAAAUAGUAAAAUAGAUCAGUUAGAGGCAGUUACACAAGAGACGACGAGACUUCUGGGAGAACGCAGGGAGUUGAUUGAAUCUAAGUUGGCAGCUCAAAGAAUUCUUGAGGGUUGCCACCAGCUUGCAGAUUGGUCGAAUGCCGUAGUGAAGGAGCUUCAGCCUCACAUUGUUGGUGCCGCUAUGGCUGGUUUGACAGGCAAAAUGGCCGGUUUGCUGGCCGCCAAAACAGGCAAGACGGAGGACCAAGGCGCAGAGGAGAGGCGCAUAGCGUUUAUCGGUCGUCUGCGACGCCGACUCACCGACUGCCAGUCCGAACUCCCACUGAGGCGACAGCAACUCGCCCGACUGCAGACACAGUCACAGCAGCUCAAGGCUGCGACCGUGGAAAGGAAGGCCAUUCCAGAAGAGCUGGCGAAAGCCGAUGAAGCAUUGAAAAGGGCUGCAGACGUCCUAAAGCGAUUGGAGAUCCAAGUUGACAUUGAGGAGAAACGACAGAAUCUUGCAGCCGCAGGGAAGCAGGAAGAAAACUGGAUUAACUCAGUGAAAAGUCAGGCCCAACAGGCUGUGAACAGCGCACUACGUGGUCUUAGGACAGACUCCGAUAGCAGCUGCGAGGAGGAGGAGCAGCCGAUUAUUGUGGCAUCCACAAGCGACGCACAACAAUCCUCUGCACCGCCUUCGGACAUUUCCCCAAACACUUGCCUGUCGUUGCUUGAUUCCUUGGCUUCGAGUCUCGAAGAUCGCAAAACACUGAAGAACCAGUUUGAUGAACUCCAGAAGUGUCAUGCAGAAUCGGACGCGGUGAAAGAGAUCUAUACUCCAGAGGAGGUGAACGAGGACCGUCAGUUGCUCGACAGGACUCAAGCAAAGACCGCUCAGACAGGACAGUUUAUCACUCAAAUGCGCGCUCAAAUAGCCGCGCGUGCGGAGUGUGAUAAUUGGUUCGUGUCGGCUAAUGAAAGCCUCCAGUGGCUAAGAGACAGUCGUGAGUUGGCUGCCGCUACAUACGAUUGGCGAGUUACGCUGAAGCGAUUCGGAGAAAACAUUGCAGGCUCUGAGAAGGAUCAAACUUGUGGUCCAAAAGGCACAGGGGGAAUGACGCGGAAGAUUGCUGCUCAUCGCCGCUUCUUAGUCGAUGUUGAAGUUGGCCUUGAAAUGGUGGAUCGCCUGUGUGAAAAGGGCCAAGAGUUGCGAAAAUUGAAUCCAAAGAAGGAUGCCAAAUUCAGUCGCAUGAUAAAUGACUUGAAGGCAGCAGCAGCGGACCUGCGUGAGGUCUGCAAGGAACGCACUCAGCGGCUCAACGAGGCGCAUGAACUUGUGCAGUGGGGUCAACAGAUGGAUGAGGCCAAACAGACCGCUGCACUCACAGAGAGCCAUCUCAUGUCUGAUGACUACCAGAUGGGUGAAAAUGGAUUGAAACGGCUGCUCGAGAAAUACGAGGUUGUAGCCCGAGACAUUCAGGAGACCCAGGCUGCCAGGGCCGAUGGCCUUGUGAAGCGAGCACGCGAAGCGGAGAAGAGAGGACACUUUGCUGGCAGCAAGAUGGUCCAGGAGGCGCAGGAGCUGGAGAGCAUGGUGAAGGUGACGCUGCCACAGCUGGUCCAGGCCCACAUCCAGGCGACUCGGAUUAUGAUCACCUGGCGGCGACUCGAAAAGGACAUCCGAGUGGAAAAUGAUUGGCUCAAGGAGCAGCUUAGUAAUCCGCUGCUUGACAUUGGGAAACAAGGUAAUCUCAACUAUGAAACCUCGUCCAGACAGCUCAAACUGCUCUCCGAGAUGGCUUCCAGGUUGGCAGCCCAAAACCCCAAAAUAGACGAGGUCGUGGAUGCCGUAACGCGAUUGGUCAAUUCUGAUUCUGGGGAGGCGAAGACGAUUCUGGAGGAUUUAGAUACCCUUCAGGUGGCGUCUCGCUCUGCGAACCAACUAAUGAGCCUAAAAUCGGAAUUGGACUCAAGAAUCGGUACUGCCGGUGGUUACUUAAUCAGCCAGUUCAUGUUUCUUCAGUGUGCUCACGAAAUUCAUGAGGCGGAAGAAUGGAUCAAGGCACACAUGUUCCCAGCUUCAAAGUUAGCCCCAUUAACUGAUUCUAGUGGCACCAAGGCAGCCAAUCAGAACGUCUCGCGCCUUCGCGGUGACUUAUCAGCCUUUCUGCGUACAACGAUUGGUCCGUUAUCUGCGCGGUUUCAACGACCUUCCUUUGUCGAUGACACAGGUGACGUCAGUAAGACCCGUCAUCAAGAAGCAUAUCGGAAUGUUGUUGGUGAAGACCUCCGGAAGCUCAUUCUAAAGCACCAAGGUGACACCGAGUACCAGCAGCCGAAAGACAUCAGGACCAACUUAAACCGAGAAAUGUCUCAGCUUUUGUUGCACUUCGAUGUACUAACGAAAUAUUUGGAGCUAAUUGAAUUGCGGCUGAGGCUGAGAAUCGGGAUGUUUUCGUACAAUACCCAAGCGGACGAGUUCAACAAAUUUCUUUCCAGUCUUGAAGAAGAUAUAAACAGCCGAUACUAUGGAGUAGAUUUGGAGGAGUGCGAGAUCCUUUUGGCCAAAUUCGUCGAUCGACUGGAGAGCACAUCCAAUUCUGGAACCUCUCAAUUGACAAACUUGACAAAGAGCGCCCAGCAACUCACAGACAGUGCUGAUGAGCUGAUGGACAAAAUUGAUACAGAAAAGCAAAAGGCAGAAAAAGCUAGCGAGUGGAUUCCUGUAGCGAAAGAACUUCGUGAUCUUGGCAGUAGCAUCAAGGUGGACACGAAAGCUAUCCAAGAAAGACAAGCCGAACUUACACAGAAGUGGGCUACAACCAGAACAGGCAUGAAAACUAGAAAGGAGGCUCUCCAGUCGGCGAUACAAAUUCACACCUACAUAUCUGAUGUGAAUGACUUGCUGGAGUGGAUUGCCUCGAAGUCUCCUGAGGCACGCGACAACAAAAUUGGCAUCGCCCUACUUAGCAGAGUUGCAAGUAUGCAAACGAAACAGGCAGAAUUGAAUCUGCAGAGCGCCGCUGGCCUUGAAAAGGCUCUCAACGCACAGGAGAAACUGCGUCGUGAAAUCAACGCCAUGCAGAAACAGGUGGACAAACAGGAGAACGAGCAGCGACGUCUCAGCCAGGAAUUCCCGGACCGGGCUUCAGAGAUCAAGCACCACUGGUCGGACCUACAGGCGGCAUGGAUGGCCCUCCAGAAAACCGUCUCGGCCGACCGCCAACGGCUGACCGAAGCCCAAAGGGUCACGCAGUGGCAGACGCGAUGCCAACUGCUCAGUGGCUGGGCCAGCGAGCGCCGACUUGCAAUGUUAUCGGUUCGUGAGAUUCCCACAAGCCUCGCUGAGGCGCAGCACCUCUUGAGUGAGCACCAGGAAAUUCGCAUGCAAAUAAGCAAACGUAAUCCCGAAAAGGAAGAAGUUAUUAGGUCGGGUCAGGAUCUAGCCACCUCGAUUCCCUCCUCAAAAAUCGUUAUCCAGAAGUCAAUUGAACAACUGGAUGCUGCCUGGUCUCAAAUGCAAUCAGUGUGGUCAUCUCGAAACGGUCUUUAUGAGAAAAAUGUGGACCUGAGGAAAUUAUUCGCGGAAAUGACCGAGCUCGAAGCCUGGCUAGACGAUCAGGAACUUCGUCUUAAGAGUUCGGCUGACGUUAUUUCAAAGGAUGCCUCGCCUGAAAGUGUUGAACAGGCACUCUCCAACCACAUGGACAUCGAAAAAGCCAUCGAGGACGCCAAGGGACGAUUCGAGGCAAUUAAACGAAAAACUAUAAUGGAGACGCUUAAGUUUGAAAUGCUCAAAUUUAUUACAAGACGCGGCGAAGGCAGUUCUGUCGGUGAUCAGCCGUUUUCGGACGCACGCGUUGCUGCAAUUCAACGACGUGAGACCUCUAAGAUUAACCGCAACAGGUCUAAAUUAUCGGUUCCUGCUGCAAGCACAGUGCAUAAGACAAGUCAGGAUCAUCUCCAAUCGAUAUUUGGUACCAUGGCACCAAUUGAACCGACCAAUGAGCAAAGUGUGCAACAAUCAGCCCCUCCUGUUCACGAUUUUUCCACAUCCUCAGGCCAAAAUGAUUCCUUCGGCAUGACAAGUACACGAUACAUGCAAAAAUGGAGCGAUUCUAGUGAUAUCGAUGAACCCAACAACACUACAUCAUUUCCAAAAAAACCGACAUCACCGCUUAUCGAGCAAAGUCCACUUGUCAGAUCUCCAAGCCAGCAAGGUGGCUCCAAGUUUCUGAAUUUUUUCAAGAGGAGUACAGCUGGACUUGACGAGGCUCCGGACUCCCCAAAGGAGAAAUAUUCGAAUGCUGGCAAGACAAAUAACUUCUUUUCUAAAAUUCGACGAUCUCGGGUAGAUUCGCCUCAAAUUCCCUCGUCUGCAUCUCCUCCCAUCGAGGUAUCCAUGGCUGAAAAAAAUGUGUCGUCACCUCGUCAACUGCCGCCAAGUUCACCUAAAGGCAUCACAAAACCACCUCCACUUGUGCUUGAAUCACGAAGCAGCAGUGAUGCUGAUAAUGAUCGUUGUGCAACGGACGCCUUCGGAAGUGAGAAGGUGGUGAACAUACCACCUAAAUUGAUAACUACCAUUGGAGGUCACGAACGAGACACUUGGUCCUCCGGUGAUCUCGCUACGUCCCCAGUGCUCGAGGUGACGUACAACCUCACGUCGGGUCCGUCGGCGGUUUCGUCAAAUGGACGUGCGUCAGCCUCCUUCCAACCACCAAAACCAGACUUCAGCGGGCCCCUAGCGCGCAAGGUAUUGUCAGCCCCGAAGUCCUACCGCGGAGUGACCAAGAAGUGGAUUCCCACAUCCACAACUGGAUCUGGUGUUCUUGAGGUCUACAACGUACAGGGCGCUGUUGUUAGUAGAUGUCCACCAAAGACUAGCAGAACGCACGCUAACGUACUGCAAGUUAUACUGGAGGACAAGACAGUGCUACUGCUAGCUGCUGAUACUGCUGAUAAUCUAAAUCGGUGGUAUAUCCAACUCAAGGACAUUUCAACCACCCAAAGCACACCGACGAUGGCAUCUAAACGCUACAGCACCCUUGGACGAGCCUCGGCCUCUCCUGCGUUCGAGGACAAAGGUUGUUUUAGUUGA